CUUUAAGUCCUGUAUGACUUGCUGGGAAAUGACAUGCGAGGAUACAAGAAAUGUACUGGAAUAAACAAUGAAGGUCCGAUCACGCUAUCUUAUUCGAGUCUUCAUUAUUUCGUUCCAAGCUCUCUGGCUUGUAUAUAUUUGCUUCGUUCCCCUUUUCGUUCCCCAUCCUAAUCCAACCAAUGGACUCCGCCAUACCAAACUCCAACGGCGAACGCCAUGAAUUCUAUCAAAACGUCGUCGUAUUGAGGCACGGCGACCGUAUUGACAAUUUUGAUCCUGACUGGGCGACCACUGCCGCUAGGCCCUGGGACCCACCCCUAAUUGAAAAUGGUCGUGUCAGGGCAUUCUGCACCGGCGGGUGCCUAAAUUCGCGUCUCGGUUUCCCGAUCCACCGCGUCUUUGUUUCCCCCUUCCUCCGCUGCAUCCAAACCGCUUCUGAGGUUGUUUCCGCUCUAUGCGCCGUCGACGACUACCUCGACGUCAGUUGCGGCGACGGUGUAGCAAUCGAUUCCUCCAAAGUCAAGGUUUCUAUCGAGUAUGGAUUAUGUGAGAUGUUGAAUGCGCAAGCCAUUAGACAUGAUGUUGCACCCAAAGAUGGGGAUUUUGGUUUCAUUAUCUCCGAGCUUGAAGCCUUGCUACCAGCUGGGACAGUGGAUCACACAGCAAAACCAGUUCAUGAAGAGCUGCCACGGUGGGAAGAAACAGUAACAGAUACAAGAUUAAGAUAUGAACAUGUUUUUAAGGCACUUGCGGAUAAAUACCCAUCAGAAAAUUUGCUGCUUGUCACACAUGGAGAAGGAGUUGGUGUUUCAGUUUCUGCAUUCCUGAAAGAUGCAACAGUGUAUGAAGUGGAGUAUUGUGCAUAUUCACAACUAAGAAGGCGGGUUUUCCAGGAAAACCAGUCAUUUAUAGCUGAAGACUUUGAGGUGCGUACUAAGAGUAAUCAAACUGGCGUCAGUUACUGCUCGUCAAUCGCUACACCCAAUGGUGCCAUGGAUGAUUCUGCAUGAAAUUUCCACACUAAAAUUGAUUUAACUGCGACAUAUUCAGCCCAUUAUUUGGGUGCUUUUGUUCCCCCUUCCCCUCCCCUCCCCUCUCUUCCUUUUGUUUGUCUGUGUGUGUUUACACAAGAAUUCUUGUAGCAAUUCAUGAUUCACAGCUAAUUGAUUGUACGAGUCAGAUAAAUACAGGUAUUGCAUCAUGGCACUUCCUCAUUUCUACAUUGAUUUUAGCAAAUGGGAAAGAAAAUUGGUGCAAGGAUCCUUCUUUGGGAUUUUGUAAUAAGUCAACAUUGUUCUGAAAGCUAUGAAUAAAGUUAAAUUGAACUUCGACGGACAAA